CCUCCUCCACACCUUCCCCCUAAUCCCCUGCGCAAAGAGGGUCCAGGCGGUCCGACACCGACCUGGCCCACAUGCAUCGCCCGUCCGGCCCCUCGGCUCCGCGGCGUUGAUGUUCAUCUCGGGUCCGACGAGACCAGCUCAGAGGGGCCCGUGUUGGCAGGAGAUCUAAGAUGAAGUUAUGGGAUGUUGUGGCUGUCUGCGUGGUGCUGCUCAACACGGUCUCCACCUCGCCCCUGCCCACCGGUAAGACGCCUCUCAAGGGGUCCCCUUCACUGGUAGAGGGGCCUGAAGACGAUCUCUCCCCCAUCAGCCUGCUGCCUCCCUAUGCUGUGCACAGUGACUCUAAUAUGCCAGAGGAUUAUCCAGAUCAGUUUGAUGAGGUAGUGGACUUUAUUCAAGCCACCAUUAAAAGAUUGAGGAGGUCACCGGACAAACACACUCCAAUUUUUUCUAGGCGGGAGAGGAACCGGCAAAAUGCAGCCAUGAACAUAGAGAAUUCCAGCAAAAAGGGAAGGAGGAAUCAAAAGGGCAAAAAUCGGGGAUGUGUCUUAACAGAAAUACAUUUAAAUGUGACCGACUUGGAUUUGGGAUAUGAAACCAAAGAAGAGCUGAUUUUCCGAUACUGCAGUGGAUCUUGUGAUGCAGCCGAGACCACCUAUGACAAGAUUUUAAAAAACUUAACCAGAAAGAAAAAACUAGUCACUGACAAAGUGAGGCAAGCUUGUUGCAGACCCACAGCCUUUGAUGAUGACCUGUCCUUUUUGGAUGAUAACUUGGUUUACCACAUACUGAAAAAACAUUCCGCAAAAAGGUGUGGAUGCGUCUGACGGCUGCACGCCAGAGGCGGCGCCUGUUUGCAUUCCUGCUGUGAUGCAAAGAUGGGGAUCAGAGUUCAUGGGGAUGUUUCUGCUCAGAGCACAGAAAAAGAGGACCAAGA